AUGGAAGAGCAAUUAAAAAAAGCAGGGAUUAUAAUUGUUGGAAAUGAAAUACUUAAAGGGCAUGUGAAUGAUUUGAAUUCUGCUUUUUUAUGCAAAAGGUUUCACGCCAUUGGAGUCAAAGUAUGCAGAAUAUCGACCGUACCCGAUGAAAAAAAUGACAUAGCCGAAGAAGUAGCCAGGUUCAGUGAAAAAUUUGAUAUCGUGGUUACAACCGGAGGAAUCGGUCCCACUCAUGACGACAUCACAUACGAAGCCGUUGCCGAAGCCGUAGGAGAUAAAAUUGUUAUGAAUUCCGAAAUGGCGGAAGUUAUUAGUAGUUAUUUUCACGAGAGCGGCGACGUUAAAAAUAAUCCGACUUUAAAAAUGGCUUUAAUACCUCAAAGUUCAAAACUUAUUUACAUUUUACCCAAACAAGAAAAAAAUUCUUGGCUAACGAACAAACACAACGGAUUGCAAGAAGAAAAAUGUCCCGUUGCGAAAAAACCUUUUCCCAUAGUACAAGUUAAAAAUAUUUAUAUAUUGCCCGGUAUGAUGGAAUGGCUGGAACAUUCCUUUGAUCAUUUGCAAAAAAUUUUCGAAAAUCCCGACGUUAAAAUGUACACGAUGAUUUUAUUUUUAACGUGGCCGGAAGUGAAGAUAUUAAACGAACUCAACAAAGCCGUUAACAAAUAUGAAAAUCUUGUACUUUUCGGAUCGUAUCCGUCAAAUUUCAGCGGAACCGAUUUCGUAACGAAAAUUGUUUUGGAAAGUACUUCGAUUGAUGACGUCACGAGCGCUUAUUCGUACCUUAAAUCUUUGUUACCCUUAAAAUCAAUUAACGAGAAUCUCGAAAUGAAAGAUGCCGAACUUGUCAAAGAGUUGACAAAUGGAAAUAAAUCCAUUUGUAAUCUCGUGCGAAAUUCAUUAAAGGUCAUAGAAACCGCUUUUGAAAAAUACAAAUCGGAUGAAAUUUAUUUGAGUUUUAACGGAGGAAAAGAUUGCACCGUUUUACUUCAUUUGAUUUGGACCGUUUGUAAAAUUCAAAAUUAUACAUUUAAAAUAAAUUGCGUUUAUAUAAAAAACGGUUCAGUUUUCCCCGAAGUCGAUAAAUUUGUUACCGAUACCGUUAAUAAAUACAAAUUAAACGUAGUCAUCGCGUUCGGUCCGAUAAAAGAAGCUUUAACGGAAUUACAUAAAAGAAUUCCGGAAAUAAAAGCAAUUUUCAUGGGUACGAGAAGAACGGAUCCGCAUUCGGAAAAUCUACAAGAAUUUCAGGAAUGCGACAAAGAUUGGCCUCCAUUAAUGAGAGUGAGUCCCAUUCUCGACUGGUCAUACCAUGACAUUUGGGAUUUCUUAAGAAUAUUACCCGUUCCUUAUUGCACUCUCUACAAUGAAGGUUAUACUUCAAUAGGUAAUUCGAAAAACACACAACCCAAUCCAUCGUUAAAAAUUCCAGGAUACGAAAAUAAAUAUCACCCGGCUUACAAGCUUAAAGAUGGCUCUCUGGAAAGACAGGGAAGAAAAUAA